AUAUCGAUUUUAAUUUAUUAAAAAGAAAAUUAAUUUUAAUAUUAUUGGGGUCUAACUGUGUGUAAAUGUGUGGGUGUAUACUCUAUAUAUAGCUUCUGUUGUAUUUGUUCAAAGUUGAUUUAGCCGAUGGCAGGACUCAGAGAACUCAAAGGCAUUCUCAAAGACAAGGCUUCACUGUUCAAAGCAAAUCUCUCAACUAAUCGCCCUAUGUCCUAUGUUAACGUCACCGUCCUCCGUGCCACCACACACAGAACCACAUCUCCGCCGUCGGAGUACCGCCUUGUCGCCAUCCUCUCCCUUGGACAACGCUCAAGCAUCAUGGCAGAUGCCUGCACUGAAUCCAUAAUAAAUCGCCUUCACAGAACCCACAGCCCCUACGUUGCCCUCAAAUGUCUUUUUAUUCUUCACAACAUCAUUUCUAAAGGAUCCAGCACCCUCAGAAACCAGGUUCCAGCAGGUGGCUAUAAUUUUCUUAAUCUUUCCGAAUUCAGUUAUAAGUCCAACGUCGAAAAACGAGAGAUUAGCUUGUGGGUUCGAUGGUAUGCAAGUUUCUUGGAACUUAACCUAAUGGUGAGUAGGGUUUUGGGUUUCUUUUCUUCUUCCCCAUCUGUAUUUUUUGACAGAAAAAGAGAUUUGUUGAAGGAAAUGAAUACUUUGGUGGAGUUUAUUGAAGGGAUUUGUGAAGUUCCAGAUUCUUUACACCUUCAAAGAAACGAUUUGCUGCAUGAACUGAUGAUUUUGGUAGGUGAAGACUAUCGAGCGACUCAGUACCAAAUCAUUCCAAGACUCAGUAGUGAGACAGAAUUUGCUGAUCAAAUUUCCAGGUUGAGUUCGACAGACUCGUCCGAGUUGAUUGCUUGCUUGAAGAGAUUGGAGAAUUGCAAGAAGAGAUUGACAGAGAUAUUUGCUAACAGGAAGCGACACGAUGCAUUUUGGGAGUUGAUUAGUCAAAGAAAAAUGGAGCUCGAGAAGAUGAAUCGAAACAGGGGAAGAUUGCUGUUGUGGCAAUGAAGAAUGACGAGUUAAUUGAGUCAACUCGGUUUGUUGAAUGAGUAAAAGGAAAAAUCAAUUUUUAAUUAGUUAUUUUAAUAGCUCCCUGAGUUGUAUUUAAUUUUCAACUUUCAAAUUUUCCAGGUGUGAUAAUCCUUCCACUUGGAAAAUACGAAGUUUCUUAAUACUAUGUACAUUUGUGAUUCGCCACUUGCCAUGCAUCUCUUGAUGGGUCGGGUCGGGUCUAAUUUGAGCCGGACCUAAUCCAAUUUUUAA